UGAUCUAACAUAAGGAAGCUGGCAAGCAGCGUGGCAGUGGUGUUGGCGAUGUUCCUGUUGGCAAUGCACUUUCCUGUGUUCCUGGCGGCCUAUUAUAAAAACAAUUGUAAAAACAGCAACUAAAAUGUCAACUUUAUUUAAAUACUGCAACAGUAUUAAGGAAGUAUAAGAGAAGUUGCCUUUAAAGGUGCACUCAGUAAAUUUUUUUAUUUAUUGUCUUGUAAUUACUCUGACACCUAGCGGUGUGGGUGCAGCAUCAUUCAAAUUAGGGAUGUUAAUGAUUAAUUGAUAAACUAUUAAUCAUCAUUAAUAAUUUGAUCGAUACAGCUUAUCGAUAUUAUAAUUAAUUUCAGGACAAAUGCCUUCAGUAACCAUGCCUGCAGACUUUGAUGCUGCCUAUACAGUCAUAUGCCGCCAGAGGGCGCAUGCGCGCUGCAUGUCACAUCUUAUCAGCGUCAGAGAAGGGCGGCAUCGAUGAAAUGAAAAACAAACACAGUUGAUCUGCUGGUCUCUUUGGUUCAUCCCAACCUACAAUCACGUCAGUGAUCGACGGGAAAGCACAUUCAGCUGACAUCUCAUCAUUACAUACGGUAUGUUAUGUAGGCUACCGUGUUUACGGAGCGUGUUAUUAUUUAAUUUCAAAUAAAACAAAUAUGUCCAAAGGUCCGAAAGAUCCCACGAUCCACAACGUGAAGUUAUAAUGAACUCAAAUAUGUAAACGAGUAAUAUAUGGGUCAUUCCAUGAAAUUGGUGCCUUUUGCGUCCCUAAGAAAUAAUCAGACAUAGAAUUACUAACAACAAAUAUAUCUGUGAUUUAAAAACAUAAUAAUACUAUGUAUUAUUCAAUUAAAUAUUAUUUUAAAUAAUUAAAAUUGCAUUUAUGCUGAUAAGAGUAAGGUUUUGGCCUGUUCCUCGCUGAUUGUCUUAUUCUGCAGGACUUUAAAUUUGCAUAUUCAAGGCAAAAUGAUACAAAAAUCACAUUUGCAUAUUGUUCUAAGUAUAGUCUCAUUGUUAAGCAAUGUUUUGGCAUAUGUAUACAUUAUUUUUAUAAAAUAUAAAUCAUUUUAUCAGUGUCCCCUGAUUUCAUGUAAGCCCUGUUACCCUCAACAAAAACCCUUGUAAAAUAAUGGUUCAUUCCAGUGACAUCACUUCCAGGAAGUUACAUCAUCUCUCAACCUGGAUUCCAACAGUUAAUACACAAAGUUUAUUCAAAGUGCUCAUUUGCAGUCCAGAUUUUGACAUCUGGCUAACAUGAGGCUGGCAGUGGCCCUGCGUGCAGUUGCUUUGGUUCUUCUUUUGGGCUUCACCUGGCUUCUAGCAAAUUCUAUGCUAGGAGAGGAUGGCAACUCUGUAAUACAGUUGCUCUUUAGUGGUGGACAAGAAGAGCCAACUCCAGAACCAAGACCACGCAAGUACAAGUGUGGCCUGUCAGCUCCAUGCCCUCCCAAACAUCUUGCGUUCCGAAUCUUCUCUGGUGCUGCCAAUAUCAUCGGCCCCAAAAUCUGUCUGGAGGAUAAAAUUCUUGUCAGCAGUGCCAAAAACAAUGUUGGCAGAGGGCUCAAUAUUGCUUUAGUAAAUGGGGUUAAUGGAGAGGUUUUGGAAAUAAAAGCAUUCGAUAUGUGGGAAGGAGAGGUUUCAGAAUUGCUGAAAUUUCUUUGGCCUCUCCAUGAGGGAACACUUGUAUUUGUUGCUUCUUUUGAUGACCCAGCCACCAAGUUGAAUGAUGAAGCCCGGCGCCUGUUCGAGGAGCUGGGGAGCACAGCAGCAAAGGAAUUGGAUUUCAGGGACAGCUGGGUGUUUGUUGGAGCCAAAGGAAUAGAAAAUAAGAGCCCAUUUGAACAGCGAAUGAAGAACAGUAAAAGUAGUAAUAAGUAUGAAGGCUGGCCUGAGUCUCUGGAGAUGGAUGGCUGCAUUCCUCUGCGUGAUCCUUUGGAAACUUAGAUUCUCACUGAGACUUUGAACUGUAGGAAUACUUCCAGCACAAACAAAGAACAAAGAGCUCUAGCUUCAUUUCAGAAAGUGAAAACUUAUGGAUUACACGGCUAGCUAAAUAUUUGACUGAUUAGAAAGUUCAAGGUGCAUUUUCAACUUCUUAAGGUUCAUUUACAGCCAAUUGCUCUGUGAGAUGUUAAUUUGCAAGGUGAAUGAAGAAACUGAAAUGGCAAUAUAAUUGGAAGAAGUUAUCUGAUUCAUUGGGUUAGAACCAUUAUGACUGCCAAAGAACAGUUUAUAUAUAAAAAAAAAAAAUAUUGGGACAUAAAUAUUUUGAUUUUUAAAUAUUUAAAUAGUAUAUUCUAUAUUAUUUAUAUAUAUAUAUAUA